AUGCAGUCAACUUCCUCAUCACAUUCCACAAUGCCCACUGCACAUAUCUCCUUCCUAGACACUGACUCCAAAUCGAUCCUUAAUGCGAUCAAUCUACGUCUCAACGAUAUCGACCUCAAACUGUCAUUUGUUCUCGAACUUCUUGCGAAUCGAUUACCUCACAACACACCGACAACCACCACAAUCCCUCCCACUAAUCUCACAACUCCAACCAAUACGACUUCUUCAUUUCCGAUAUCCCUGAACAGCACCACCACCCAAAUGUUACCCGUUAUUACAUCACAAACAAUCGACUGUUCCGAUUACUCAUCACUGCUACCACAAUCACUUCCUUCUGCCAACCAACACCAAACCCCACCCACCUCGAUGCCCUCGGGCAUUUCGGAGAAAAUUGAUGAGAUUAAAGCUGAAACGUCGUCGUCGAGAAGUGACAAUAUAAAAGAUGAAAGCGAUGGCGAAGAGGAAGAAAUUGAUGAUUUUGAAGAUGAUCUCGGAGAGGAGGAAUCGCAGGAAAGGGAAGCUAAAAUACUGCAUGCUCAGGGAAGUUUUCCAGAGGGUGCCGUCAGGAGGGCGGCCGAAAAGGCUGCACGAAGUUUUCAAAGUACACAACCGAAGGUAUUUGCAUGGCAAAUAUUACGCGAGUCAGUAACAGACGAUGAACUCAGGAAUGUUCAGAUAUCGCUGAGAACAUUUCACGGCGAAACUGCAUCUCAUUUACUCUCAAGACAGUUACCGAAAAUUCGAUUGGUGGUUGAAGCAACAAUGUCAUACUUUAAAUGGGACCAUUUGAACGACGAAAAUCAACUGACGAAGGCAAAACUUCUUUUGAGUCAUCUCAAAAAUAAUGCGAAAGUGAGAAAUUGGACUCUACGAGAAGGACGACCAAACAGAACAACGAAUAAUAUGGAAAUGGUAUGGAAACGAUACGCAGCAUUAUUAGGACCAGGCGGGCUAGCAGCUGUUGGUUUGCUACCAAAUCAAGUGAAUCAACUCAAUAGAUAA